UAUAUAUAUAUGACCAUUUAAUUAAGAUAUAUUAUCCCUAUACUAUACACUGUCCUAGUCUAGUCGAUAGAGAUAAAGUAAUUAAGAUUGUUGUGAGGUGGAUCAAAAUUAUUAAGAAGAAAAACAUGAGCUGCAAUGGUUGUCGAGUCCUCCGAAAGGGUUGCAGUGACGACUGCAUGCUACGACAUUGCCUACUGUGGAUAGAGAACCCACAAGCCCAAGCUCACGCCACCCUCUUCGUCACCAAGUUCUUCGGCCGUGCCACUCUCAUGUCUUUCCUUUCCACCGUACCCCCCAACCAAAGAUCCGCUUUGUUUGAGUCACUGCUCUAUGAAGCAGUGGGGCGUACUAUAAAUCCAGUGAAUGGAGCAGUGGGGCUGUUGUGGACAGGGAACUGGCACCUCUGCCAAAUGGGUGUGGAGAAAGUGCUACGAGGUGGUGCUGCUGCUGCGUUGACCCCACUGAUCCCUCAAGUAAUAACAACGAGUGUGGUGAGAGGUGAAAUAAUGUGUCACCAGCCAAAGAAGCAAUGUGUGGGGACACCCUCUGAGGAUGAGGAAUCCGAGACCUCCACGUUCGCAAGUAGACCACAGGAUUCUGCUCCUCAACCUCAAACCAACCUCCUUACACUAUUCUUCUGAUAUAUAUAUAUAUAUAUAUGCUUCUUGUUUAUUAUUAUUAUUGGAUGAGCAUCUAUGAAAUAUUACUUUCUUCAAUGUUUCUGGCUAGCUAGCAUAACAACGGGCAAACUUAGAUGUAGUCUUUAAUGUUA